AUGUCUCCACCCCACACCGUCUUCUACGGGACCUUCAUCGACCUUCCCCGCACGAAGUCCGGACAAAAACAUGACCUCUUAGUCCGUCACGGUGCCCUUUGGGUAUCCGCCAAUGGUACUAUCGAAGGCAUGGAUUGGACUGUCGGGAAUGACAGUGACCUCCACGCUCUCCUCCGCCGCAAGGGCUGGGUUGACAACGUGCACCUCGUCCGCGCACAGUCCUCCCAGAACGAGUUCUUCUUCCCGGGCUUCAUCGACACACAUAUCCACGCCCCGCAGUACCCCAACUCAGGGCUCUUCGGCUCCUCCACCCUCCUCGAGUGGCUAGAACGCUACACCUUCCCCAUGGAGUCCUCCUUCGGGAGCACCUCCAACCCUUCCUUACUCACAGGAAACGCCUUCCGCGUCUACAACCAGACCAUCACCCGCACCCUCUCUCACGGCACCACCUACGCCGCGUACUACGCAACCAUCCACGUCCCCGCCACGCAGAUACUCGCAAGCCUCUGCCUCGAGCGCGGCCAGAAAGCCCUCAUCGGCCGCGUCUGUAUGGACAACCCCUCCACCUGCCCAGAAGACUACCGCGACGCCUCUCCCGCGUCCUCCCUGUCCGACAACGAAGCCGUCAUCUCCUACAUCCGCGGCAUCGACCCGUCCGGCGCCCUCGUCAAGCCCAUCCUCACCCCGCGCUUCGCCCUGUCCUGUUCCGCCACCGCCAUGCGUGCCAUCGCAGACCAGGCCACCCGCCACGCAUCUGGGGAUGGCGCUCCGCUGCACAUCCAAACCCAUAUCUCUGAGAAUACGGCCGAGAUCGGUGCUGUGCGCUUGUUCUUCCCGCAGCAGGACACCUACGCCGGUGUGUAUGAUGAGUAUGGGCUGCUGACCCCGCGAACGAUCCUCGCACAUGCUGUGCAUCUGACCCCUAAGGAGAGGGAACUAAUCUCCGCACGUGGGGCGAAAAUUUCGCACUGUCCUACGAGCAACUCGGCGCUGGGUAUGAGUGUGUUGGAGGCAGUGCGCCAGGCGUGUCUGGUUUCGCGGCUAGUGCGGUUUGCGGUCUCUCCGGAGGACGAGGAGGAAGGCAAACGCAUGGUGCUCAGCGUUGAGGAGGCGUUGUAUCUGGCUACCCGCGGUGGUGCAGCGGUGGUUGAUGCGGCGGACCAGGUGGGUGGGUUUGACAAGGGUAUGUUGUUUGAUGCGCAACUGGUGCGGCUGGGGCCGGGGGUGGAGAAGGGCAUCAGCGGGAAGGAGAGUCCCGUCGACGUGUUUGGAUGGGAGUCGUGGGAGGAGAAGGUGCACAAGUGGGUGUGGAAUGGGGAUGAUCGGAACGUCAAGGGCGUGUGGGUGAAUGGGCGGCUGGUGCAUAGUCGUGGGGAUGUUGGUGGUGAGUCUGGGGGGCGGUUGCUGCGGUGGGUGUUGGGGCUGGGCGUUGUUGGUCUUGGGGCCGUCAUUGCCUGGAGAUCCCGCCGGUAG